AUGCUCGGUGCCGCCAUACAAGAGUCCAUUCGUACUGCCAGGAACGAAACCGCUGGUGUGUCGAGUGCUGGCGCCGGCUCUUCUUCCAAACCACGCUUGUCUGGGCCUGCUGCUCGUGCUGCCGCUGCUGCUGAAAGACGUCUUGGCCUGGCGCGGUCCGAGUCGGUUGAGGACUUUACUUCCGCCUUCGGUGCAGAAGAUGAUGAAGUCCUAGAAAUUUCGGAUGACGAGCCUCUGGCGACCAAGACCAAGGCGAAAGGAAAGAGCAAGGCGAAGGGAAAGGAGGCGAAGGUGGCAGAUACGUCCAAGCCGAAGGUCAUGACGCUCGCUGAGCAGAAGCGUUUGCGGAGUGAAGCUAGGGCGAAAGCCAGGCUGGAGAGGAACUCCACCAAAGCCGAGGAGAAAGCCUUGAAGGCAAAGCUCGGUCGUCCGCUCACUUAUGCCGAGAAAUCUACCAUUCAGCUCCACAAGCAUCAUCCCGAGCUUCGAGAUGCUUGGGGGGACUUGGAGGCCACUAUAGAAGUGGUAGAGCCGAAGAAGGCUGAACAACCCUCUGGACUGAAGGCCACGCUUCUUCCGUUCCAGCAAGAAUCCCUUUACUGGAUGCGCAAGCAAGAGUUCGGGCCUAACAGCGGCGGCAUGCUGGCUGUGAGUAGCAUACACAGAAUGGGCAAGACAAUCCAGAUGAUCGCCCUCAUGGUCUCAGACUCCAAUCGCCCCAAUCUUGUCAUAGCGCCGACCGUCGCCAUCAUGCAGUGGCGUAACGAGAUCCAUGCACAUACCACUGACGGAAUGAAAGUUCUCGUCUGGCACGGUAGCAAUCGCGAGAACAACGUCAAGGAGCUGUCGAAAUACGAUGUCGUGCUUACAACUUAUGCAGUUAUGGAGAGCUGCUUCAGGAAACAGCACUCUGGCUUCAAGAGGAAGGGUUUGAUUGUGAAAGAGAAGAGUGCUUUGCACGCUAUGGAAUGGCGGAGGAUCAUCCUCGACGAAGCCCACAAUAUCAAAGAACGUCAAACUAACACCGCUAAGGCAGCCUUUGAGCUUCGAGCCAAGUUCCGUUGGUGUCUCUCUGGAACGCCGCUGCAGAAUCGAGUGGGUGAGCUGUACAGUUUGGUCAGGUUCUUGGGCGGCGAUCCGUUCUCGUACUAUUUCUGCAAGCGAUGUGACUGCAAGUCGUUGCACUGGAAGUUCAGCGAUAAAAGGACUUGCGAUGAUUGUCACCACAGCCCGAUGCAGCAUACCUGCUUCUGGAAUAAUGAGAUUUUGACUCCGAUCCAGAAGAACGGUAUGUUUGGCCCAGGCAAGAUUGCAUUCAAGAAGCUUCGCAUCCUGCUCGAUAGGAUCAUGCUUCGUCGUACCAAGAUUCAGAGGGCAGAUGACCUCGGGCUGCCACCAAGGACAGUUAUCGUCCGGAGGGAUUACUUCAGUCCCGAGGAGAAGGAGCUUUACACUAGCUUGUUCUCGGAUGCGAAGAGGGAGUUCAGCACCUACCUGGACGCAGGAACAUUGCUCAACAAUUACUCGAACAUAUUUAGUCUGUUGACGAGGAUGAGGCAGAUGGCGUGUCAUCCUGAUCUAGUGAUCCGUAGCAAGAACAAUAAGGGCAAGUUCGUGCCCGAGGGAGAAGUUGGCGAGGCUACCGUUUGUCGGUUGUGUAACGAUAUUGCGGAGGAUGCGAUACAGGCCAAGUGUCGCCAUAUCUUCGACCGCGAGUGCAUGAGGCAGUAUCUUGACUCUGCGAUCGACGUAGACCACACUCCCGAGUGUCCAGUCUGCCAUCUGCCGCUCACCAUCGACCUGGAAGGCCCGGCGCUCGAACUGGAAGAGAAUAACACCAUCGCUGCGCCGAGGCAGGGUAUCCUCGGAAGGAUCAACAUUGACACAUGGAGGUCGAGCUCGAAGAUCGAGGCUUUGGUGGAGGAGUUGACUAAUUUGAGGAGGCAGGAAGCGACGACGAAGAGUAUCGUGUUUAGCCAGUUUGUGAAUUUCUUGGAUUUGAUCGCGUUUAGGCUCCAGAGGGCCGGAUUUGUGGUCUGCCGGUUGGAGGGUACCAUGAGUCCACAGGCGCGAGACGCCACCAUCCAGCAUUUCAUGAACAACGUACACGUUACGGUCUUCCUCGUCAGCUUAAAGGCCGGUGGCGUUGCGCUCAACUUGACUGAGGCGUCACGGGUAUACCUCAUGGACAGCUGGUGGAAUCCCGCUGUCGAGUUCCAGGCGAUGGACCGUAUACAUCGUUUGGGUCAACAUCGUCCUGUUCAGGCGAUCAAGUUGGUCGUGGAGGAUAGCAUCGAGAGUCGUAUCGUACAGUUGCAGGAGAAGAAAUCGGCGAUGGUGGAUGCGACACUAUCCACAGAUGACUCGGCCAUGGGCCGGUUGACGCCGGAGGAUCUGUCGUUCUUAUUCAGGGUAAGCCAUCCAUCCGCUUUCCUUUGGUCGUUUCUCUCGUUGUGUUUCCGUCGCUGA